AAGCGAGCCAGCUACCAAUCAAGCACACCCCUGCCCGCUUCACUCCCUAGCCAGCUAGCCAGCGUUAUCUAGCAGGAUCACCGAGCAAUUAAGCAAUGGCGGUGCAGCCGCAGACGGAGGGGUCGUCGUGGAUGCAGCGGUGCAAGCCGUACGUGGCGAUGAUCUCGCUGCAGUUCGGGUACGCCGGGAUGAACGUGAUCACCAAGGUGUCCCUGAACCACGGCAUGAGCCACUACGUGCUCGUCGUCUACCGCCAUGCCUUCGCCACGCUCUCCAUCGCGCCCUUCGCGCUCUUCCUGGAGCGCCGCAACCACAAGGCCCGCCCUGCCAUGUCCCUCUGGGUCUUCCUCCAGAUCUUCGUCCUCGCCCUCCUCGGCCCCGUCAUCGACCAGAACUUCUACUACGCCGGCCUCAAGUACACCUCCCCCACCUUCUCCUGCGCCAUGAGCAACAUGCUCCCCGCCAUGACCUUCGUCCUCGCCGUUAUCUUCAGGAUGGAGAAGGUGAACCUGAAGAAGGCGAGGUGCGUGGCCAAGGUGGUGGGCACGCUGGUGACCGUGGCGGGCGCCAUGCUCAUGACGCUGUACAAGGGCCGCGCCGUGGAGAUGAUCUGGUCCAGCCACAUGACCCACCUCCACGCGGGCCCGCACCAGGACGCCGCCGCCGCGGCCAAGGAUUGGUUCAGGGGCUCCGUCUUCCUCAUCAUCGCCACCCUCGCCUGGGCCUCCCUCUUCAUCCUCCAGGCCGCGACGCUCAAGAGGUACAACGCGCCGCUGACCCUGACCACGCUCAUCUGCUUCGUGGGCACCCUGCAGGCCAUCGUGGUCACGUUGGCCAUGGAGCACAAGGUGGACGUCUGGAAGAUCGGCUUCGACAUGAACCUCCUCGCCGCCGCCUACGCCGGUAUCGUGACGUCGAGCAUUGCCUACUACGUGCAAGGGCUGGUGAUGCAGAGCCGGGGCCCCGUCUUCGCCUCGGCCUUCAGCCCGCUCAUGAUGAUCGUGGUGGCCAUCAUGGGCUCCUUCAUCCUUGCAGAGAACAUCUACCUCGGAGGGAUCCUCGGGUCUGCCCUGAUCGUCGCCGGCCUGUACUCGGUGCUCUGGGGUAAGCACAAGGAGAACGUGGAGAAGAAGGAGGCGGAGGCCAUGGAGAUCCCCGUGGCCAUCAAGGGCGUAGAGUGCAACGGUAGGAUCAUGGACAUCGUGGAGCUGGAUGAGGUGCAGCUGGAGAAGGAGAAGGCCCAGGCGAAUGGCAAGGCGGUCACUGUCUCGGUGACCGCCGGGGAAGCCCGGAUGCAGCGCGAGGACGAGAAUUAGUUGAUCAGUGAAUCUUGCGUCAUUUUAUCCUUAUUCCGACCCAAAUUUCUGGUAUCCCCAUGCAUAAUAUGAUGUUGUGGUGGAGAAGGUCUAGUGCUCUAAGCAUGGUGGUAACAGUAUAAGUGGUAAACUAGUGCUAAACUGGUAAUAUAUUUUCUGAGGGAGAGUUUUGUAACCUCCCCCUUAGCUAAGCAUGCAGAAGCUUUCAGUUUGGGACAGCCCUGUCUUAUCUACAUCUCUUGUAUCAUCUACCCCGGCCCUGCAAAAAUUAAUUAUGUCAUACGAACGAAAGUUAUGCCUCAUUUCUUCCAA